UUUGAGGAUCAUAACUUAUAUUUACUCGAUGGAUGAAACUGAAAAUUUUCUGAUGGAAGAGAGUCGCCGAACACGAGGGAAUAGUGACAAUAAAUUGACGUGCCCAGAAGAGAACGUUAUGCAGAAAGGCGUAACAGAUGAGUUCGAGUUUGAGGAGGCAGUGGACAGAUAUGGUAUCCGUACAGGUGUUACUCCCGAAGUCGCGCAUGUAGAAUCUGAUUCCACGGAGCGGGCUUCAUUAGUAACAAAAGACCGUGAAAAAGUAGUUGUGGACAGAGCAUGCUCACGUUCUGAGACAAGUAGAAACGAAAGUUUUGGUGAAGAAUUUGACGCUACAAGUCAAGAUGUUCAAGAAAAUCAAUGUAAUGAUCGUAGUACUGGAAAUGCUGUCAAUGAGUUGGAAAAACAAAGCUCAUUAGAGAUAUCGGAAAAUAAGGUUGAGGAAACCACACAUGGCAGUCCAGAAACAGCAGAAAUACGAAGUAUUUAUAAUACUGGAAAACCUCAUUCACAAGGUCCGAAACACUAUAUCCCUCCAGGUUGGGUAUAUCACGGUGAAAGCGACGGGUAUCGGUAUUAUGUAGGUUGUGCUGGAGAGAUGUAUUCAGUGGACAGAGAUGGCUACUGGUACAUGCAGGAUAGCACUGGCAAUUUUAUCCCAUACACCGGUUAUCAGUAUAACCGCGGAGCGCAUAGUUCCCUAUUUCCGCGUGACAGUCAAGGGCGGUUCAUUUUACCGACAAAUGCGCGUGGUGAAAAAGCUUUCCCAGUGGAUACAAAUAAUAUGCCAAUUUUUCCAUUCGACACAACGACUCAUUUGCCUACGUUCCCUGUAGAUGAAAAUGGGCAACCUGUAUUUCCAACUGGUGCUCUUGGAAGACCCAUCGUACCGAUCGAUUCAAACGGCCUUGCUAUAUUUCCUCGUGAUGCGAAUGGUCGGUUCAUAUUUCCAUCUGGACCGAAUGGCAGACCCACGGCACCCGUAAAUAUCUAUGGUGUCCCAGUAAUGCCGUUGGAUGAACAAGGCAAGCCAGUAGUACCUUACGAUGCAAGCGGAACACCCCUCAUUCACUUGGCUAGUGAUGGUAUGACUCCUCUCACUGAAGAAGAAUACCAGUACUCUUUGCAGUGGAACGACUAUUACAGCCGUUACUAUAAAAAUACCGCAGAACAAAAAGUAAGCAGUUCAAGUCAGUCUGGAGCGCAGCCAACGACUACGGACGAUACGUAUGAACAAAAAGCGAAGAAUAUGAAACUGCUGAAAAAGGUUCGGCCAGAAGACAUCGAUUUGCCACCGUGUGUGCCACCUCCACCGUCAACACAGCCUCCUCCGCCACUUCCGGACGGAUCUGCUUUAUCUGGUAAAGUUGAGAAAAAAGCAACUCCUGACCCUGCUCUGAAGGCAAAAACCAAAAAAAUGAUUGAAAUGCAGCUCAAAUUCUCGCGCAAAAAGUUGCGCAACGCAGUUCAUUCCUCAGUUGCAGUAGUGUCCUCUAGUGAAACGACAAAUACGUCUGUUGAGCAUACAAUAUCACCGCGACAACCGAGCGAUUCACCGGAAAAUAUUGACAAAGUAGAAUCACCAAAGGAACGUCCUCCUCCUCCUCCUCCAGUGCAUGUUCCAGCACUAAAUCUAUGUAUACCACCAGAACCUGAUAAUAAUACCCAAAUCAAGGAAUCAUUUAAUGCGGCCCUCGAUAAUGCACCGAAAUCAAUGGAUUCACGGAUUAUGCAGAACCUAAACAAAAAUCCCAGUGAUGAUUCAGGAGUAAAGGAAAAAAUCGCUGUCUUGCAGACCUCAGUUCAGACCUCUUCGACCCCUUGCAGACCUCAGUUGGGGCCCACCUCAGUUCUGAAUGUACCAGACAACGCAGUCAAAACAUCUGGCGAUAUGGCGAAGAACUUUGGAAGUCCAAAAUUAUUCUCCGACUUAUGUGGAAAUUCGAUGAAUGAAUUUCAAGUGGACAAUCAUGCCUUCGGAAAAGAAAUUAGGACGAAACUGGAUGAAUGCCUCAUUGAAUCAAGAGAUGGAAAAAUCACACCUGAAAAACAGUCGGAACCUGUUUUGACAGACGUCACUGUUACAUUAGAGGUUGUCUCGGAUGAGCACCCUCAAGAUAAGGAGAUUAUUGAGGAAGAAAAGGUGGCAACCAAAACAAGACCAUCUGUUGGUAACAGUUAUGAAUCAAAAAUCGAGAAUCAGACAUUGCGAAGGCGUGAUGACAAGAAUGAACUUAUUUCGGCUUCACAUGGAAAACGUUCUGAGAAGAAGAUGCGUCAUCGUGAUGCGUCGAAAGAGAGAAGACGAAGAACUGAGAGCGGCCACCGACGCCUUCGAAGUCGAUCAUCAUAUCGUGACUCACAUCGUAGAAGUCGUUCCCGAGGGGUGAAGCACAGAAGCCGUACUCGAAGUCGUACACCACGUGAUUAUUACUGCCGUAACAGAUAUCGUUCUCGAAGUCGAGAUCGAUUCUACAAACACGAGAGUUCUUACUACGACCGACGUGAUCGACGUUAUUGGACACCUGAUGCUGAAGACAGAUAUUCGUAUCGAAGACGACACUCCUCAUCUAGAGAGAGGUCUUCGCAACAUGAAAGGAGUACAAGCCGAGACUUAACGCCAACAGGUGACAAAUCAAGUAGAAGCCGUAGUUAUUACGAACGAUCAAAAAGUCGUACUGAAUCACCGGUUCCUUCGCGGCACUCUUCUGUUGCUCGUUCGAUUUCACAAUAUAAGACCACGGAUAGUCGUAAUCGAAGCUCCAGUCGUCGUAAUUCUGCUGAAUACGAUGUUUCACAAAUAACAGAACAUGAAUCCGGAAAAUCACCGCGACAACCAGCUGAAGAUGUGGAAUCCAUUGACGGUGCAAUUGAUAUGCACAAAUCAACCCAUCAUUCAGCAAGCCCUCGCAGUGAAAAGAGUUCGGUAAAAGGGCUUGAAGUUAAAGCUGAGAAAUCAAAGAAGCACAAAAAAACUAAAGAAAAGCAUAGAAAAAGAAGGAAGAGUCACCACAAAAAAAGAGAUAAAAAAAAGGGAAGUCCAUUUAUGGACGAAAGUGAAUUAGAUGAGAAAUACAAGGCGUCAUCAGUCCUGUCAGAAGAAACAGAUUUGAAUGUGAAUGCAUCCUCAAAUCAACUAGCAGAUGAGGGAGCACAAACAGUUCCCAACAAAGAGCUGAAUGACUUAAAAAAUGAGAGAACAAAAAAGAGGAAGGAGAAGAAAAAGAAGAAAGAACGUCACAAUACUAGCACGGAAAGAAGUGACGUUACGAAAAAGGCCUCACAGGAAACACUGGAAGAUGGUGAAAUCAUCACCGAAAAAGAUGUAUCGCCAAGAGUAAGAGGAAAAGUGGUUAAUUAUGCGACAUCGGAAUCAGAAGGGGAAGACAGUAAUACGAGAGAAUUGAAAAAUCCGAUUGAGCAACUAGCCGGAAAUUGUAACACAAAAGGUACUGUUCCCUCUACGAUAAAAUUUUCACUGAGUUCUAAAACGGCAGAAAGUCCUACCAAAGUUAAAGAGGAUUUUAACGAUGCUGAAAUUAUUCGGUCAUCAGUUUUAUCAUUCGAUCUUGUUGAUGAAGCACUGGUUCCUCCAGAUGAUACCACUAUGUCUAAAUUGGGAAAGAAAGCAAAACAAAAUUAUGAGCCUAUAAAUCCUAAGAGGGAGAUGAAAAUUACAGUGGACCUCGAAGAUGAUGGGAUUUCCAGUAAACUUAAAGAUUUGACCAGCGAUUUCAACGAAAUUACUGCUCGAGAAGCAGAAAAACUGAAGGCGGGUAAUAUCACGGAGGCAGUGAAUAAGCUGAAGGAACUGCGCGGAUACGUCAAGUCGAAAGUGGCAGUUUCGAAUUCUUCUACUGAAACAGAAGCAAUAAAACAAUUUAACACAGCAAGUGGUAGUGAUUCUGCUUACGCUGGGCAUAGUUUAGCCGAUGUUCCGUUACCAAAAGGAGUGCAGGUAGCAGUUGAUGUUACUGAACGAGUUGGACAAACUGCGACACCUGGAGUUCGAACCCAGGAAGCUUGUACUAGUGCUAAGAUCGAUUUAAAGGAUAGAGAUGUGAGAAGAAAAAAAGAAAUGCUUAAGCGAAAAUGGGAAGAAGAUGAAGAGGAUGAAUUGAGCAGACUAAGAUACGAAGCACUGCGAAGUAAAACACGAAGGUUGAUGAACGAUCUAAAAGCUGAACGGCGUCGCCUGAAAAGGGAGCGCCUGCGUGCUACCAUUGCAAUGCGACGAGCUCGUGAACGAUCGGUUGAUACUAGUGUAGAUGAGAUUUUGCUCGCCGAUACUUCUGACACUAGCGAAACAGAUGAUUCCGAGGACUAUUCACCCUCACAUAAGAGGAAGCUGCUGAAACGAAAACGAUAUGGUGGAAGAGAAGCCCUCAUUGUGCAUUCCAACACGAAUAAAAUAUGUGGAUUAAAACGACGUGUUAUUGAUGAUGGCAACAUCAAGCAGCAGCAAAAGCAGCAUCAAAAUGCAAUGAGCAGUGAGAAUCGAGAACAGCUGGAAUCAAAUGCUCCGAACAAUUUGAUUUUGGAACUUCAGCAGCGCAUAGGUGGAUCAAAUGAAGGCGCAUUAGCAUUGUUGGAACAGCUAAAGAAAUGUCUAAUCGGUGGAGCGGUGAGCUCGAAUAUACAUCUCAAUCCAGAAAUAAUUAGAAAAAAUGCUUAAACAUUGUUCUUUUUUUUCAUCUUCCGAACUUGUUAUUAUAUUUCCUAAUCAGCAGUUUAUUUUAAUUUCGACUACGGUAUUAUAGUAGUACUGACAAAUUUUCUUGGCUGUUCAUCGUUUUAUUUUAGCUUAAAUUUUCUGCAUCUCUUGGAACCAUUAUUGAUCAAUAAUGUAAUUUUCUUUUUGUUAUCAAUUUUGUUACAUUUCGUUUUGCACAGUGCAUGGAACAGAUACAAAUUAGUGAUUUUUAUUUGUGUUGGGAAGUAUUUUAUUAUUGUCUUGAAUAGAUUUUAUGCUCUAUCCAAUUGAAAUAAUGAAAUUGGUCAUUACUUUUUUUAACCCACAAAAAUUAUCUCUUUCUCACGAAGUAUCUUCAUUUAUCUUAUUCUCUUCUCUUAUGAUACUUAAAAGGUCAAUAAAUGAACUCAUGAGUAAUUCAGGCAGACUUCCAGAUGAGGAUGUUGGUUACUGUAUG